AUGAACCCAGAAGAGGUCGUCGACGCAGCCGUGCGCGCCGUGAAGGCGCUCGACUCUUUGGCAGUAGCAAAGCUCCUGAAGGCGCACCCCGCGUUGCUCUGCGACGCCCGCAGUGAGGAAGGGCACACACUGCUCGAGGUCGGGCUGCACUGGAUUGUCGCGCAAGCCAAAGUGUCGAACGAAGCCAUUCUCGUGCUCAAGACGCUUUUGCAGCACAACCCUGACGUCAACGUCUCGCUCGAUGGACGCUCGCCAUUGCACCUGGCGUGUUUUAUCCAAAACCACGAGAUUGUCAAAGUGCUUUUGAACAAAGGUGCCAACGUCAAUGCCCUCUUCGACGGAGAAACCCCGCUGCAUACCGCGUGCAAGCUCGGCGCGGUCGACAUUGUGCGGCUCCUCACGGAAAAAACCGGCCUCAAAAUCAACGCGGCAGACAAGCAUGGUCUGACGCCACUCCACUACGCCGUUGCGACGGGCAACAAGGAGGUUAUUCACGCGCUUCUCACGAGUCGUGCCAACGUUGACGCGGCUGAUUUGAAUGGUUUGACGCCGCUCGCUGCAGUCAUCUAUGCGCUGCGCGCCGACCUCGUCCAGCUGCUCGUUGCGCACGGUGCCGACUUUUACCAACCCUGCGGUGGCCUCUCGCCAGUCGAUUUUGCGUUGCACGUGUACACGGAGAAGACCAAGGACGCCGCCAACACUGCCUUCCAGACCGAAUACAACCAAAUUCGUUCGGUGCUUGAAAUCGCACCGAGCAUGCACGAGCUUCAGAUGGUGGCACGUCGCGACGGCAACCCUAACCUCGGGUCCGGGCGUUUUGGCACAUGCCGACGGGUUACGUACGAAGGAAAGACCGCCGUUGCCAAGACGCUCUUCGUCAAGUCCCUCGACGCGGUAUACGAGUUGCGCGCCCUCUCGACCUGCAAGUCCGAGUACAUUGUCGAGAUUUAUACGCAGAAGAUCAACUUGUCCAGCCGCCAAUGGCAGCUCUACCUCGAGUACAUGGACGACGGCACCCUUCGCAGCCACUUGCAUCGGUUGACGGAGGCCAAGAAUGCGACAAAGCCCGACGAAAUCAACAUUCUCGAUGUCGCUCUUGCCAUUGCGCGAGGGCUCCAGGUGCUGCAUAAACCGAAAGGACCAAAAGACCAACAAGCUUGGUCCAUGGUCCACGGCAACCUCAAGCUCGACAAUGUGCUCUUCAACACGAAUGGUCAGAUCAAGCUCGCCGACUUUGGUCUGUGCCGCGUCGAGUCGAUGACCAUGACUCACGCGAGUCUCUUGACCGAGCACUACGUUGCCCCCGAAGUCUUGAAAGGCGCCCCCAAGCUCUUGGCGUCCGCCGACAUUUAUGCGUUUGGCGUCAUUCUCGCCGAGAUGGACAUGGGCGCGCCAGCGCCCCGAGGCAGCGACGAGAAGGCGAGACGAGGCGAGUACGUGCCCGAGUUGCGCUCCGACUGCGCCGAGUGGUACCGCGAACUCGUCCAGUGGUGCGUCACCAAGGAACCGGAAGACCGUCCCAAAAUCGAUGACGUCAUCCAGAUUUUGGAAAAGCCAUCGAUGGAGACGAUCAAUGCGGUCAAGACCGCCCGGAGCGUCACGAACAAGGGUAAUGCCCAUCUGCAAGAAUUCUCGGAUUUGCCGUUGAAGAGUUAUUAA